AUAUAUACGUCGCUAAGAGUUUGGUAGACGAACGCGCAGUAUACUGGGCACUUCUGAGCGACGAAGACGGAAAUCAGGUAAAUACAGCAUUCAAACGAAACUAAGAAGGAAAAUCCACCAAAGGUUUAAUCUACAAAAUCGGACACGAGGAUGGGAGGUAUGGAUGAUCAACAGAACCACCCCACUGCUGACAGGUAUGUGUAUUCCUUUGUUGAUGACUCCAGUGAUACAGACACUGACACCAGCAGGUCCACACGCCAACGCCGAAAGCUGGAGGAUCCUGACGCAGAGCUGAGAAAAAAGAGGGAGAAAUUGAAUGUUGAUAUUGCUACAGAAGUUGGCCUUGACAUUGAUGGGAGAAAUCCACUGAACAUAGCUAUAGUUGGGAAGUUUGGAGUUGGAAAGAGUUCUACGAUAAAUACUCUCCUUACAGCUAUGAAUGAUGACAAAUAUCGAGAGUAUGCCAUUACUGGUAACUUUGGCGGUCUUGCACGACAGAUGACCUAUCUCACUAAAAGCUUCCCAAAGAAAGCUUACAGAAAGCCGGCCUAUCCUAAUGCAUGCUAUCCAACAUUUAUCGACAUUGCCGGAUUUGAUGAUGAAGAAAACGAUUUGAGUAAAGAAUUAUUACGGAUUGUCUUCUAUGGACGUCUUCCUGUUGAGGACAGCUUGAAGGGAGCCAAACAGGUGUUUGAUGAGACAGGUAUGAAGGGACUCAGAGAGAAGUACUCCCAAAACCUGGAGCUACUCAAACUAGACAGAAUCAUUUUUGUGGCCUCAGCACGAGAAGCUAUUCCAGAAAAACUUAUCACUUGUGUCAUGGAAGCGGCCAAUCCUGUUGGAGCUAAGGCUGGGAAAGGAAAGAUGACAAUCCCAGUCUUCGGAAUUAUGACCAAAGUUGACGGAAUAGAUCUGGAUUCAUCAGAAUUCAAGGAAAGAGAGAAAAAAUUCCUGGAAUGUUUGGGUUUGGUAGGUGCUAGACAGCGUUAUGCCCGACUCUGUAACUACUGUAGUGAAGUGGAUGUUAACGAUGAACGACUGGAAAAGUACCUGCCAAAGAUUGACGUUCCUGCACUGAAAUUCCUCAGACAAAUCCUAGACCCUGUGUACGAAGUACAAGCUGGACAUGAAACAUUUACCGACACUUGUCCAAAACCUGAGGAGCCAGGUAUAGUACCAGAAACCAUUCCAGAGCCCCCUAGACCAGAAGCUUCAGUCUUACCAUUCAGUCAGCCUGUAGGGCCUCACUCACCGCCGCUUACCCUAUUGCUGACCUACGCCAUCAAAGGCAUCCUCAUCGCUCUUUUCGUCUAUGUUUGCCUUGCCCCUACCAUCUCCAGCAAGGACUUGCUAAGCAUAUGCACAUCCUAUGACAAACACGUGUCAAUGAAUCCACAUGGAUUUAAGGAUGGCCAUUUGACCAAUAUUUGCAAUAGAAAAAUGGACAUCAUCGGGAAAUCGUUGAUGGGGCCUCUGAUCGUUUUCGUCAUAUUGAUUGUAUUGAUGGAUUUUCUGAUGCCUUCAUUGAUACAAUAUUUGACUGAAAAAAUUAAGAAGCCAAAAACAGACUAAGAUUUUUGAGAUUUAAAAGACUGUAAUAUUAAAAUACGUAGCAUGGAUAGAUACCAUUUUUUUUGUCCAUCAGUCUGGAUUUUGCCCCUGGACACUGUAAAGUGACGCAUUUCAUAGGCCUCCUAGGUCAUUGUUGUUAUUUAACAAAUAUAGAGUGCAGUAGUUAUGUUUGUUAAUAUGAACAUAUUAUUCUUGCUUUGUCUUGCACCGAUUUUAAUAAUAUUUGAACCAAAUGUUAUUGAUAUGUUUUACUGUAAAUUUAUAGGAAAGAAAAUAAAUCUAUCUUGUAGAAUGAGGAAAAAUAAGAGAAAGUGAGUAAACAUCCUCAGUCAGAUUAAGAUAAUGACAUAAGUAAGCCUCUGAUUUUCUACAAUAUUUCAACCCUAGAUAUCGACAGUGAAAGAUUCUGAUAAUUCUCCAUCUGAACUGAUUUGAAAGGAAAAAUAUGUGUUUUCAUGAUCUAGCCACAUAAUUUUAUUUCAACUUUGGUUUUGUGCGCAACACUACCUAAAAGGGACGAGGCAGCAAUCAGACCUGUCAAGUUCUCAUGAACAAAAUGCAGGUCAUUACUCAUAAAAAUGCAGGUCAUAGCACUCCAAUUCAGGUCAUUGCGCCUAACGGCAUUUAACUUGAAAUAAAAACAAUGAAACUGGAAAAAUUUAUCAACAUGUGUCAUUUAAUAAGCAUUUCUAUGCAUACUUUCUUCAUUUACAUGAAUGUUUUACAUUGUAAGUUGUUGUAGCUGUUUUUGCCAUCUUCAAAACAUUGGUGGAAGGUUGAUAAUCACAGCAAUCACUGUCACAGUUUAUUUUGGUAGAAAGCAGUGCACAUAAAGUGUCAUUGUUCAUGUCACUCCUGAAAUCUGUCGUGAUCUUCCUUACCAUUGAAAAUGCUCUCUCACUAUCAGCAUUGCUGUUUGGAAGUGACAGCAGUGCAAAAGCUAGCUUAGAUAGAACAUCAAACCUGUCACUUUUGCAAAACACAUCCUUCUGUUUGGACAUUUCACCCCAAAACUUGUCAAGAUCAUCUGUUAUGGGUGGCAGAUCUGAAUCAGGUGACAGCAUGUAGUCAUCAAACUGAUCCUGCAGCUGUUGAAGGUUUUCAUCAGUUGACAAAGAUGGGAAUCUCUUAAUAAGUCUUAUUACUGAAAUAAAAAGGACAUUAUAUAGGUAAUGAAAUAUAAUGUUUGUUUUCAAUAUUUAGAAAAAAUGAAAAACAAAUUUCAUGCCUAUUGAUAAUGCUAUUUUUUGUAAUCAAUAACAUGACAUCUACCUGCAUCUGAAGUCUUAGAAGAUCUUGCUGAUGGGUUGAGAAAGCCCAAGUCUUUCAUGGUUGGAUCACCAAAAGGGAAUUUAUUGCACAUUUUCUCCACAAUUUUAGUGUAGAAAGAUCUAACUGACCUGCAAAGACACAAAUAUAACAUGAUAAAGUCUCUGCCAAAGUAACUUUAUCCUGUACAGGAUCUUUACAAGGAGAUACGAAUGCAGAAAUCGAUCUAGAAUCGACUUUGAUCGGUUGGGGUAUUUACCGAAACGGACAUGGAAUUACCGAAACGGUGGAGAAUGGGGCUUAAUUUAGCAUUCUUUUAAGAGAACGGAACCGAAUAUAUGUUCUACAGUGCCUAACUGUGUUAUAUGUAAAAUAUCGGGGGUUUAUUUGACAGAGAAAUAUUUUAAUUAGAUUUUUUAAUCAUUCGCGAUUAGCGGCCCGAUUGUCGUCCGGGUUGCAUUACCGAAAUGGCCGAUAAUGGACCCGAAAUCGAUAUUUUUAGGAGAGAAUGGACCAAAUAUUGUAUUAUUUGGUGUGUAUAGAGGUCAGAGGUAAAAUAUGUUUUAUUUCUUUUGCCUAGAAGUAUUCAAAAAUAAUUAUUAAAAUACCCGAUUGAUGGCCCAAUUUUCGAUUGAGACGAACUACCGAAAUGGAAUUAAAUUUACCUGAAAUUAUCUGUUUUUGAAGAGAAAGGACCCAAAAUAUUAUUCUUCAGUAGAUAAUUGAAUAAUGUAUGAAAUAUGAAGGGUUUAUGUGACCUGGAAGUGUUUGAAUUUAUUUUUUAAAAAACCUCGCGAUUUCACAUUCAGAUUGUAACAGAGUCGCUCGCAUAGGGCGUGAGUAAAAGAAAGAGCCGGAAAACGGAAAUCAGGAUUACCUAAACACAUGCAAAAAUACUUAUAAAUUUAGUUACAAUUAAUAAAAGGAUUCCUUGUUCUUUAUAGGUUUUUUAACUAUAGAAAUACCGUGUUUGAUUCUCUAAGUAAAAUUGUUGUGGAACCUUUGGUAUUUUUUAAACCAAUUUAUUUUAACAAUUUAUAAAAAUAGUGAUUUUUUAUUCUCACCAAUCCAUAUUUCAAACUUGAAGUAAUUAAUGAAUUGAAUUGAAGCCAAGGCAAUGGAUUAAUAUUUUUUCUUAUUAUUUUUUUUAAUAAACUGCAAAAAAGUGUCCAGAUGACUUUUUGUGCCAUGCUGUCACAAAAUUUCCAUUAUAAUUCUAAAAUCAAAAAUUAAUAUGAAAAUAUGAUAGCUGCAAUGGGAAUUUAUGCUAAAGAUAUGAUCAUAUCAGUCAAUUCAGUGAUCUAGAUUCAGAGAUUUAGUUCUCUGGUUAAUUGGCCAAUAUCAAUUUUUUAAAUCACUGAUUAAACAUCAGAAAUCUUUUGACUAAUAUGAAGUUUGAAUGCAGCAUUUAACUUUAUAACUGUAUAACUCAUUGAUCAAUUUUCUGUUUACUGCAUAACAGUUUGACUGGUAUAGAAGCAUUUUUCUUUCAGUAGAUAAUUAACCAUAAUUUGUCGUGAAAUUUUCACCAAACACAAGACAUAUUCCACCAAUUUUUUUUCAAUGUUCUUUGCAACUUUAAAAUGUGCUUUCUAGUUGUUAUUCUGAAGAAAUUAUUUUUAAUCAUGAAUUAUUGCUUGAUAAUACAUAAAGUAAAGAAAUUUAAUGAUGAUGCCUGUGAUUUUUCUUUUAAUUAAUAGAUCAACUUUAUUUUGAUUUCUUUUUACAAUAAUAAAAAUUUAGUGUA